GGCAGUUUCCUCUCCAUCAUUAUUUGCUUCUGUGGCUAACAAAGACCAAACAUUUAGCAGAAAUUAAGAAUAAUAUCAUCAAGGCGAUACUUGAAGAUAUACAAGAAAAAUGGAGAGCAAAGGGAGUUGGACGGUAGCUGAUGCCGUAGACUACAGCGGCCGACCAGCAGACAAAUCCAAAACCGGUGGCUGGAUCACUGCAGCUCUCAUUCUUGGAAUUGAGGUUGUGGAGAGGCUAUCAACCAUGGGAAUAGCGGUGAAUUUGGUAACAUAUUUGAUGGAGACAAUGCAUCUCCCAAGUUCAACUUCUGCCAACAUUGUCACUGACUUCAUGGGCACUUCCUUCCUCCUUUGCUUGCUGGGUGGAUUUCUCGCGGACUCCUUCCUCGGCCGUUUUAAAACCAUAGCUAUUUUUUCAACCAUUCAAGCUCUCGGAACUGGUGCCCUAGCGAUAGCAACGAAGCUGCCAGAGCUGCGUCCACCAACAUGUCACCACGGAGAAGCAUGCAUACCCGCCACUACCUUUCAGAUGACAAUUCUUUAUAUUUCACUUUACCUUAUAGCCCUUGGAACAGGUGGCCUUAAGUCUAGUAUCUCCGGAUUCGGGUCUGACCAGUUUGAUGAAAAAGAUCCUAAAGAAAAAGCUCAAAUGGCUUUCUUCUUCAACAGAUUUUUCUUUUUCAUUAGCAUGGGGACGUUGAUGGCUGUGACUGUUUUAGUUUACAUGCAAGAUGAAGUGGGAAGAUCUUGGGCUUAUGGAAUCUGCACGGUGUCUAUGGCUAUAGCUAUUGGGAUUUUCUUGUUUGGGACUAAAAGCUACCGUUAUAAGAAGAGCCAAGGAAGUCCUGUUGUGCAAAUUUUUCAGGUUAUAGCAGCUGCAUUCAGAAAGAGGAAAAUGGAACUACCUCAAAGCAUUGUUUAUCUUUAUGAAGAUAAUCCUGAGGGCCUGAGAAUUGAACAUACUGAUCAGUUUCACUUGUUGGACAAGGCAGCCAUAGUCACAGAAGGAGAUUUCGAACAAACCCUAGAUGGAGUCGCAAUUCCAAACCCUUGGAAGCUAAGCUCAGUAACCAAAGUAGAGGAAGUGAAAAUGAUGGUUAGGCUUUUGCCUAUUUGGGCAACAACUAUCAUUUUCUGGACAACAUAUGCCCAAAUGAUUACAUUCUCGGUUGAGCAAGCUUCAACCAUGAGACGUAACAUUGGAAAUUUCAAGAUUCCAGCUGGUUCACUCACCGUGUUUUUCGUCGCGGCUAUUCUCAUAACUUUAGCUGUCUACGACCGUGCUAUAAUGCCUUUUUGGAAGAAAUGGAAAGGAAAACCAGGUUUCUCUAGCCUACAAAGAAUUGCUAUUGGAUUGGUCUUAUCAACAGCCGGCAUGGCAGCUGCAGCUCUAGUUGAGCAAAAGCGUCUAUCCGUUGCGAAAUCUAGUACACAAAAAACAUUACCCAUAAGUGUAUUCUUACUUGUUCCACAAUUCUUCUUAGUUGGAGCUGGGGAAGCCUUUAUCUACACUGGCCAACUUGAUUUCUUCAUAACCCAAUCGCCUAAGGGAAUGAAAACAAUGAGCACCGGACUUUUCUUGACCACUUUAUCACUAGGCUUCUUUGUCAGCAGUUUCUUGGUCUCAGUCAUCAAGAAGGUCACUUCAACUUCUACGGAUGGAGGAUGGCUGGCUGAUAACAUCAACCACGGCCGACUCGACUACUUUUAUUGGCUGUUAGUCAUUCUUAGUGGAAUAAACUUCGUUGUCUAUUUCAUUUGUGCCUUGUGGUUUAAGCCAACGAAGGGUAAAGACUCGGCAGAGAAGGAUAAUGGGAAGGGAUUCUCUGCUGAAGACUGCUAAAUUUUGUUUGGGGCAAAAUCCUUAACCAAGAUGUAAAACCAGAUGAGUCAUCUUUCUUCUUCUCCACCGAACAAUGCUAAGGAAUCAUCUCCACCAAACAUCGAUAACUAAAAGAAAGAUGACACAAAAUAUGUAAUCUUUCUUUUUUAAAACAAGAUAAGUCAUCUUCCACUUCUCCAUCAAACAUCGUCAUCGUGUUGAUGGACCGCCAAAUCAAUUAAGACAAUGUUGGGGAACAAUUCUACCACUAGUGGAACCGUCAACAUUUUCACACAUCACAGUGCAUGGAAGGACCAUCUUCAUCUCUGUUAUACUUUAGGUUAAUGCCAAUUAGCUCAACAAUUUUGUAGCUCUUGCUACAUUGCAGACUUAUUGUCAUUUUGUUCUUUGACGUUCCAUAUAUGUUCUUUAGCCUAAGGUCUUGGAUAUGAACGUAUGACUCACCCUAAAAACCCAAUCACAAGUUGUAUUUUGCUUGUGAUUAGAAAUAUAUAAUAAGGUUUGCUUCU